CCUCUGGCAGUUAAUCAGAAGCUUCAUUCGUUGUCGGUAUUCAGAUCGGCACACGGAGCUCAACAGGACGGCGCGCGCGCUCUGUACAAGCCCGGAAUCCGACACGUGGAUGGAUGGCUCGUAUAAUUUGUGGAGGCAAUAACAUUCAUACAUACUGACACCAUCGGAUCAUCUGCCUGUCGGUUCUUUGUGAGCGCCUACCUAUCCGAACUCAUAGGCCAUGAUGUCAUUGGAUAUCUUGCAAUAAGACCUUAGAUUUGCUGAGCUUUCGAAUACUAUGGGGAUGUAGCCCUUUUAUCGUCAUGUCAAGUCACAUGCCACCCUGGAUCUCAAGGUCUAGCUAGAAGAUUGUGAAAUAGAGACAGGCAUAUGCAAUUGAAGGCUAAGCCCCAUUAAUCCUUGUCAUGAUAUCUCAAAUCUGGAGACGAUGAUUUGAAUAUGUCGAUGAUAGAGAUAUGGAUGACUAAGGUAGAUAACAAAGUACUGGUCGCACCUUAGGUAGCUAGAUUCACUAGACUACAUGCCUUGCGCCAUAUAUACAGGAGCAGGGACAAGAUCAAAGUGCAACCUCUUGAAUCAACUGAUCAUCAACGGGUAUAGAGGCACAUACUAGAGAAAUCUGUUGUGUUAUUUAUCCCUGGGGUACUUGGCAGUCGUAGUCUAGGCUCUUUGUUACCGAACAUCCCGACAGCGUGUGUAAGCCUCGUCCACGUCUGCUGGCCAAUGCAUCCAUGCUUUGCAAAAGUUACAGUAUGUAGUAGGUAGUGGAGGGCCCAGUGGCCGAGGCUCUUUGCACAAUGACGUUUUACUAGAUAAUACUUUACACCAUGAGUCAGUCUCACAAGCCUUACCCGCAAAGCAAGAUAGAUAGGUAAUAAGCAUGAUUGUUUCCCAGCUUUCCCCAUCAAACGGCAACCUCGGACUCAUCAGCAGCAAAUAAUGAACGGCCGGCAUCCGCGCGUUGUCAAAUGCCGGCUGCGUCUUUUGAUCUUCAGCCCGUGGCAUCCGAUCAUAUUCAUGCACGAACUCAUUCGACUGUUAUCUUAAAAGGCCGCAGCUACUUCUCUUUGAUAGCUCUCCUAUAAUUCCAUGUAUUGAUUUGUCUCCCAGAGAACAUUGUAUAUUCAGUUGAUUUAAUAGAGCUUUUACAAUCUUCCCCAGACCGACAUAAAGGACAUUGGCCGGACUGCAAUUACUUGCUCAGCCUAUCCAUUUCGACAAUAACUCGAUUCAUCUAUCUAAAUUGUCCUCAGCCUGCUUUAAUUACCAUCAACGACCCGAUGGUAUCCUUAACUGCCCCGCUUUCUGGCCGGAGCACCGAGCAGCCGGCCCCGGAACUACAACGACCAGUACCGAGAUCACUCGGGGAAGCUCUACGAGCCGCUGGUAUGACAAUUGAUGGGCCCAGCCCAGGACUUGGCUCUGAAACACCAAGUGAAGAGGAUUACGACGAGAAUGUUCGACCGACCCUGACAGAGCCAUCAGGUCUCCGGCAUCGUUAUGCCCAUCGCGUCCAGCCUCGACCAGAAACCAUAUCCCUGUCCGGCACUGAGUUUGAAAAACUGCAAAAAGAGCCUGGGUUGCGCUUCAAGCGUCGUGACUCGGGUAUCCAUCUUGUUCUAGACGAGGACAAUAGCCUGCAACGACUACUUAAAACUAGCUCAGAGUGGUCACAAGAAUCGACCGGCCCAAAGCAGAGACGGCGAAAGUUUGCCGAUCUUGUCUUCACUAGCCAAUUCUCAGCCUUUGACCGUCAUAGCCCCUCAGCGUCGAACAGUCCGUUUCAUGGGUUUUAUACGUUGUUUUGGCUCGCCGUUGCUCUUUUCGUCUUCAAAAUCUCGGUCCAGAACUGGCAAGUCUACGGAAACCCCCUUGGGACGAACGAAAUCGUGCAGACUAUGUUCCAUCGAGAUGUUGUCGUCCUGCUUCUCUCGGAUGGCAUCAUGUGUGCCCUCACAGCAGUGACUUGGAUCAUCCAGCGGCUUGUUUCUGCCAACUACAUCAACUGGGAUGGUGCUGGAUGGGUUAUACAGAAUAUGUGGCAAACGGCCUUUCUGGCUGGCGUAGUUGGCCUGACUCUCUGGCGUGACUGGCCAUGGACUCAUACUGUGUUUUUUGUCCUUCAUGGCAUCGUCAUGCUGAUGAAGCAGCACUCCUACGCCUUCUACAACGGUCACUUAUCGACAGUCUACAAACAGCGUUCCAAGAUAAUGAAGAAGCUUAGGCAACUAGACCUAGUUGAUCCAGCCAUGACCCCAUCGCAGACUGAACCCCCGGCAUCAGCCAUAUCAACACAACAUCUUAGUGUUACUCCUUCAGCCGAAGAGCGCCGAAAGUCCAUCUCUGCGCAACCUGGCCAGGAAGAAAGUGAUAUAGAUAAGAUUUCACGAGCCAUUGCUUCUCACCAGCCCUUGGACGACGAGCAAGUUGCUCUCUUUGAGCGCAUCAUGAAGUGGGAGGUGGAUGCAAUGACCGAUGAACUCAAGGGAACAGGAGCCACCAUAGGCAAAGCUUACCCCAACAACCUGUCUUUCAUCGAUCACUACAAAUGGAUCCCUCUGCCAACUCUUGUUUAUGAGAUAGAAUACCCACGAUCCGAUUCUAUCGACUGGUCGUACAUAUUGGAGAAGUUUACUGCAAUGUUUGGGGUCCUGUUUGUGAUGGUUCAGGUCUCACAGCACUCUAUUUAUCCCGCCGUCAUGAAGACCAUUGAGAUGAAGGAGAAUGGCGUACCACUGGCUGGGAGAUUUCAGGAGUUUCCCGGGUUGCUUCUCGAUCUGAUCUUCCCUUUCAUGAUGGAGUAUCUGCUUGUCUGGUAUCUCAUUUGGGAAACUAUCCUGAACAUCCUGGCUGAGUUGACAUAUUUUGCCGAUCGGAACUUUUAUGAUGCUUGGUGGAACAGCGUCUCUUGGGAUCAGUUCGCCCGGGACUGGAAUCGACCUGUUCACGUUUUUCUUCUCCGCCACGUCUAUCAUAGCUCUAUAUCAUCUCUGAAAGUCAACAAGCACACGGCCACACUGAUUACAUUCUUUCUUUCAGCUUGCGUCCACGAAUUGGUCAUGUGGUGUCUGUUUAAGAAGCUAAGAGGCUAUCUCCUGUUCCUUCAGAUGUGCCAACUACCAUUAGUGAGGCUGAGCCGCACCAAGUGGUUGCGUGGGCGCAAGACACUAGGCAACUUGAUCUUUUGGCUGGGCAUUUUCACUGGACCAAGUCUGUUGUGUAGCUUGUAUUUGAUCCUGUGAGAGAGUACUUCAGCCGGCGAUAAUUAGAAAUGUCACGUUGAUCUUUAUUCCUGAAUAAGAUCCUCGUCACCUAAAAUAGCAAUAAUAUAGAGAAUGAUCACAUCUAUCGAAAUGACGAAUGGCACUGUGUUGGCAAUAUGAUGGUUGUUGAACCAAAGCUUUUAUAACAUAUCGAAUAUUCUUGCAUACGAAUAACCACGUCCCCAAUCGCGCCAUCGCCAAACAAGUCCCAAAC